AUGCUUGAUGGUGAUACUGUGCCACUCCCAGAAGGGGUACCUAACUGUGACUCGGAGGGUUUUUUUCGGCAGCAAGCAACAGUUCAGUCGGAUUCAGACGACGAACACAUACCUGAGCCACUGCUCACCCCGUAUCCGUAUUCAGUCACCCCGUAUCCGGCAUCAGUUGGAGUUGAACACAUUAUCUCACAUCACCCGCCAACUCCUGACUCCCCCUUCAUCCCAGAGCCUCCGCAGGGUCCAUGGGACGGUUGGCUUCCCGCCUUAGAUUCGUCAGUUUACCAACAUCACCAACAUCAAUAUAUUUCGCAUAGCUAUUCUGAGGAAGGAGGGGACCAUUUUGUUCGUCGGUGGCAAAAAUGGGAUCAGUAUGGCAAGCUGUGGGUACCGGAUAGGCACAGGUUUCGGUCACCUUCGCCUAUAAGCAUUCUAGGAAUCGAAGACUAUUUCUACCUCAAUCUUAUAGGGAAAAAGUCGCUUGUUUUUAGCGACUUUAGUCCAAUCUUAGAUUCUUUUCUUCGUACUGUAUUUGUCGACAUUGAUUACGACGAGAUUCUUGAGUAUCCUAUUCAUCGACUGUCCCAAAAGAUGAAGGUACUUCGGUCCAGGUUGGACGAUGCCUGCACCUUCUUGGACACAGAACAACUUCCAGAAGACCUAGUAACCAAGGCCGAGGUCUUCGGCUUCAACGCGUCUACUGGAUGCGAAGGGGCCGCUGAGUUCAUUGAUGUUCUUGUGACACAUUUAGAAAAACUGUUGGAGGUCGUGGAAACGGAAAGCAAGCAGACGGUCAAGCAACUCGAAGAACUAUUGUCUAACAAUCAGAUUUCCUUCGAACUUCUGGAGUAUUACUACGAGGAAGGAGAGCGUUACAUCUUUAAUGAUGGGCUUUUACAGAAUGGUUUAGAUGUCGAGAGACCUAUUAUCUUGGUAGUCUUGAAGAGUGCCCGCUUCCGUGAUGAUAAACAGGCGUUGCUCGUCAAGUUGGAGCACCUCGAGUGGGAUGGCGUUCGUUUCGAGAAGCGCACCAUGUCAUUGGAUCUUUUUGCAUUCCAGGGAACUCGAGCCUUCUCGUCCCUGUUUCUUCAACCCGUCACAGACGGAGCCCUUGCUAAAGUGACUGGUGAGAACUUAAUCUUUGAGUUUUUCGUUGAGAUAUUGAAUCAUCAAUAUAGAGCGCGGAAGGCUCUAUCUUUCUUACAGCAGAAUUAUGACGACACACCGAUGCGAUCGGUUUUCAGUGGCAACUCAACUCCACGCAUUAGGCGGGUGAUGGUUGACCCAGUUGGAUUCCACCGCGCCUUGCAAGGCUAUAACCCAAAUCUACGUGUACCACUUCCAAACGAUGCGCAGGAGCAUAUUGCACGCCUUCCGUACUGGAUUGGCGGGUAUGAUCUUGAAGUGAAUCAAUGGCGAAUAUUCAAUAUAUGGGAUCUGAAGCCAGUGAAGUAUGAUCAAGAGGCAUGGAGCAAACUCAUCAUGGACGAAGACACCAAGGAUCUUAUAAGAGCACUGGUGGAUAAUGCUGGCGGUUCUGUAGGCGGUCUAAAGCCAGCGCAGUUCGAAAAAGGACAGACAAUACUUCUUAAGGGACCACCAGGAACGGGCAGAAUGACAACUGUUCAUGCUGUCUGCAAUCUCCUCAAAAGACCUCUGCUUACUAUUAAUAUCACUUCUCAUGACUUCUUAUACGACCUUAUGAAUCUGGUACUAGAUAUUGCUCUGCGUGUAUCGUUUGCAGCCACCUGGAAUGCGGUGAUUGUGGUGAAAGACGCCGAUCGUUUCCUGGAGUCGAAAGAUCAAGGCCAUAGGGAUCGUAUCAGGACUGUUCUCCGUCAAUUUGAGUCGGACGAUUGUAUCUCCUUCUGGGUAUCAGGUGCCUGCGACGAAGAACUCCUGACGCAAUUUUCUGCUGUCGUCGAAUUACCUGAACUGGACACUGCAGCCCGACGUCGUCUUUGGCUUGGCCACUUCGGCUUGAAUGAUCCCGCUGCAAUUAUAUGGAAUAGUGAGCGCACGCUUAUCAGCUCCUCCUCCAUGGAUCAGAAGGAGAUGGAUCAUUCAUUACUUCUUCGUGAUGUCGAGAAACUCUCACGGCAUCAGUUAGAUGGGAGGAUGAUUGAUAACAUUGUGCGGUCCGCACGAGCACUAGCUGCCUCAAAUGGAGAGCAUUUGUCCAUCUACCACAUCAAAGUGGUCAUGAAAGCACAGCGAUUGGAUAAUCUUCCGUUAUGGCGGAAACUGACCCGAAUCCUGACACGUCCGGCGAAGGUUCUUCACACGAGCGUGGUGAAUUAG